AUGGGGAAGUACUUCGGCCUGCGAGGCAAGAGCCUCAACUGGGCCAUUAGCACUAUUGCCGGCUGCGAUUUCCUGCUCUUCGGAUAUGACCAGGGCGUGAUGGGUGGCAUCCUCACCCUGUCCAUCUUUCUGCAGCAGUUCCCCUCCAUCAACCCCGAGGAAGACGGGCUUGACCCGGCAGAGUCCUCGCGCCGGGCCACGAACCAGGGCAUCGCCAUAGCAUCAUACAACCUGGGCUGCUUCCUCGGGGCCGUCAUCGCCAUAUGGAUCAGCAACCCGCUGGGCCGCAAGCACAUGAUCACGCUUGGCACCGCCCUCAUGGUCGUCGGGGCGGUGCUGCAGGCGACCGCCUUCCGGCUCGACCACUUCGUCAUCGGGCGCAUCAUCACGGGGCUCGGCAACGGCGCCAACACGUCGACGGUCCCGACCUGGCAGUCCGAGACGUGCAGCGCCCACAAGCGGGGCAAGCUGGUCAUGAUCGAGGGCGCCCUCAUCACGUGCGGCGUCAUGAUCUCGUACUGGGUCGACCUCGGCUUCUCCUUCUUCCCGUCCUCGGUCGCCUGGCGCUUCCCGCUGGCGUUCCAGGUCGUCUUUUGCGUCUUCAUCCUGGCCUUCGUCUGGAACCUGCCCGAGUCGCCGCGCUGGCUCAUCCUCAAGGGGCGCCAUGACGACGCGCGCGAGGUGAUUGCGGCCAUCGCAGACCUGCCCGUCGACGACGACUACGUGCAGAGGGAGUACCAGGUCAUUAAGGAGACGGUGGAGGAGAUGUCCAAGGGGAGCUUCGCGGACUUGUUCACCAUGGACAAGGACCGCCACCUCCAUCGCACGCUACUGGCCUACGUCAACCAGAUGUUCCAGCAGAUCUCGGGCAUCAACCUGAUUACCUACUACGCCGCCGUCAUCUACUCGCGCCUCGGCAUGUCCGACUUCAUGUCGCGUCUACUGGCCGCCCUGAACGGGACCGAGUACUUCCUCGCGUCCUGGCCCGCCGUCUUCCUCGUGGAGCGGGUUGGCCGUCGGAAGCUCAUGCUAUUCGGUGCCGUGGGACAAGCGGGGACCAUGGCCAUCCUCGCUGGCGUUGGAUCCAGGAAUGAGCUCCCGUACCAGAUCACGGGAAUCGUCUUCUUGUUCGUCUUCAACACCUUCUUCGCCAUCGGUUGGCUGGGUAUGACCUGGCUGUAUCCAGCAGAAAUUGUGCCACUUCGGAUUAGGGCGCCAGCCAACGCGCUGUCGACCUCUGCGAAUUGGAUCUUCAACUUUAUGGUCGUAAUGAUCACUCCCGUCUCGUUCAACACCAUAGGGUACCAGACUUACAUCAUCUUUGCCGUCAUCAACGCCUCCAUGGUGCCCUGCGUCUACUUCUUCUUCCCCGAGACAGCGUACCGGUCGCUCGAGGAGAUGGACUCCAUCUUCCACAAGGUAAAGGGCGCCAGGGGAGUUUUUGACGUUGUGCGCCAGGCCGAGGUUGAACCGCGGCGAUAUGGGAAGAAUGGCGAGCUGCUUGUCGUGGACGAGGAGACUCGCCCCGAAGCAGUCAAGUGCGGCUCAAGCAGCGAGAACGGCGGGGUCUGGCAUGCCGAGGGUGGGGCACAGCAGGGACCUGGAGCGCCUGAAAAAUAG